AUGGACCUGGAUGGCCUGCUGUCCGCGAAGCCCGUGGCAGACCUGGACCCGGCGGUUCGCUCCUUCCUGGCCCAAUCGUUAGCCGAGGCCGAGGCUGCUGAUGUGCCGGAAGUGUUGGCUCCCUUCCUGUCCGACGCCGGGCUGGGUGGCGAGGAGGAGGCGAAGGCCCUCUGCGAGCGCUUUGCGCUCGCCUCUAAGGAUUCGGCGCCCGCUGCCGCGCCCUCCGGCGGGUACUUGCCAGCACAGGCGCUUGGGUCGCUGUGCCCAAAACCUGUGGCGUCUAUGGAUGUCCAGGAGGAGAAGCCGGCUCUGCAGCCUCUUGGAGAAGCGCACGUGCCCGCCGAGAAGCCGGGCGCCGGCGCAGGCCGGAGAGGGGGUGGUGCUGCCGCGCGGCGUGCCGCCCAGGCUGCGGCGGAGGCUGCCUUGGCCCCAGGUGCAGUGCUCGAGUUCGUCUCUGAGGCGGCUGCUGAUGGUGCGGAAGUGGCCAAGGCCUUCAAGAGCUGCGUGGAGCUCCGCGCCUGGAUGCAAGAGGCAUCUGAGCAUGCUGCCGUGCUGGCUGCUUCCUUCCAGGCCUACGCAGAGGACCAGCAACCCGAUGCCCUGGAGGCCUGGUCCGCCCUCCUCUUGAACUGCAUGGAGGAAGCUGGCGUGGCCGCCUGCCUUGCUGAAGACGAGAGCUUAUCCGCAGUCGCGCAGAAGGCCAGUGUCCAGCUUGUGAAGCAUGGGCUCCUGCGAGUCAGGCGGAAGAUCUCCGAAGUGGGCGAUCCCGUGUGGGCCUUCUUGCCCGAGGACCAGGAGUGGCAUCCUGCCGUGGUGGAUGCGAUUCUGCCCAGUGGGCGAUUGAAGCUGAUCUUCAUCGAGUACGGCAAGCCACAGGAGGCCGAGGAAGAGGAGGUGCGAGCCUUGGCGGAAGUGGCGGACGAGGGCGACGCCGGCGAGGGUGAGUGCCAGAUGUGCGAGCGGGAUCUGAAGCUGACGUUCCACCACUUGAUUCCUAAAGACAAGCACCCGACUUACCUUGGCAAGCGCUUGCCAAACGGCAUAGAGGGUGAACCAACCCGAUCCUUCUUGAACACCUAUGGCUUGAUGAUCUGCCGCCAGUGCCACAACACGGUGCACAGCAUUGCAAGCAAUGAAGUCCUGGCUCUCGAGUACAACACCCUCGCAAAGUUGAUGGUGCAUCCUGUCAUCCAACGCUGGGUUGACUUUGCGAAGAACCGAAAGGCGAGCAGCGGAAAGUCACGCUGA